AAAAAAAAAGCCCUGAUUCGGAAAAGUCUCUGGAAUCUCUCUGUAUGGAAAACCCUAAAGUCUCUUCUAUGUCCAUGUCUUUUCUUCGCCAUGGAAUCUCUGCCAUCUGUUAUUUGUCAACGCGUUUCUUUCAUCAAUGGCCUCGCCUCCCUGCUUCUAGUGUUUCCUUUUCGACUUUUCUCCUCCCUCCCUAUAAAGCUCUCGCCAUUUUCCCCGCUCGCUUCCCAGCAGCCGCCUCAAUUUUCAAUUUACGUUUUCCUGGAUCCGUACUCACGGCGAUGAUGGUUAUCAAUUGAUCCUCAAGCUUGCGAAUUUCGAAGUAUCGUCGGUUUGGGCAUAGUAUUUUUCCCGGAAAUUAUCAUCUGGGUGCUUGAUCUUUGUCGAAAAGCGAGGUCACAGUUUCAAACCCGUUAGGGUUGCAGCUGGGUUAUUGUUAUGGACGAGGGUGAGCUUGAUUUCUCCAACCAGGAACUGUUUUCGAGUCCGAACAUGGAGGGGAUACGGAUACCGCUAAGCAGCUGUUCCAUGGAUUCUUUCUUUGAUGAACUUCUGAAGGACCCUCAAACUUGUACUCACACUCACACCUGCAACCCUCCAGGCCCAGAGAAUACGCACUCUCACACAUGUUUCCAUGUCCACACCAAGUUUCUGCCAUUGCAGAGCGGGGAAAAGGUUUCUACCGAUGAUACAGCUGAGUCCUCCGAAAAGAGGAACAGAAACAGGCCAUCGGGUAAUCGAGAAGCGGUCAGGAAGUAUCGGGAGAAGAAGAGGGCUAGAGCUGCUUCAUUGGAGGAUGAGGUCAUCAAGCUUAGGGCCAUCAAUCAGCAGCUGUUGAAGAGAUUGCAAAGUCAGGCUGGUUUGGAAGCCGAGGUUGCGAGGCUCAAGUGUUUGCUCGUCGAUAUAAGAGGAAGAAUUGAAGGGGAGAUUGGGACAUUUCCUUAUCAGAAACCGAUGAACACAAAUUUUCCCUCCACACAUAUACCUAUCUCAUACAUUGUGAGCCCUUGUGAUCUGCAAUCUGAUGAUCAAGCUUAUUGCCCUCGUUCUAGGGUUGGGGAUGGUGCUUCGAUGAAUGGUCAAGGGCUAAGUGAUUGUUACUUUGACCAGUUGCAACGCUCGGCUAAUCAGAACUCGGGUACUAAAGAGCAUCCCGCGUGUGUGAAUACAUCUGACCCUGAUAAUCGAAAAGGUGGACCUUGUGCUGCCAAAGCAGGUUGAAGCAUCAUCUGAUUCUUGUCGUUGUCAUUUUGAAGUAGUUGAAUAAUGUGGCUGGGGCCAUAGUCCAGAAAUAAAUUUAGGAAAACGUCGCUGUUUCCUUUCCAUAUCUGACUGUGAAACCACACUUGUAACAGAAAUUGCCAGUUCGGAAUGUUAGCUAUUCGGUUCGGAAACGGUUUAUUCGGUAGUCUAAAAUUUGUACCAAAUUAGUAAUGUAUAUUAUUCAGUUCCGGUUUUCGUA